UGACGCCAAACUGAAGCGCUGUCAGCCAUCUUGGAGCCGGGAGGAGCGCAAUUCACUAACUCCCUCCAAAAUUACUGUAAAUUAAUUCGGUACCGCUCGCAACCUUAGCCAGCAAGCUAUCACAUCGAGAAGCGUAAGCAAUAAUCGGAAAAUCCGUCGAGCAUUUAAAGGUGCGAUAAGGGAGCACCAUCUGUAUCUGAAGAAACUGGGCGCGUCAGACAAAAUGGUGCAAUCGUGCUCAGCUUACGGUUGCAAGAAUCGCUACGAUAAAGAUAGACCCAUCUCCUUUCAUAAGUUUCCCCUUAAACGUCCGUUACUCUGUAAGAAAUGGGAAGCUGCUGUACGAAGAGCUGACUUUAAACCGACAAAGUACAGUAGCAUUUGCUCUGACCAUUUUACAGCUGAUUGCUUUAAAAGAGAAUGCAACAAUAAACUUCUCAAGGAUAAUGCUGUACCAACAGUAUUUGCACUUGCAGAAAUAAAGAAAAAGAUGGGAAAAGCUGUUAAAAAAGAGCAGCUGCCAGCUGAACUAGAACCAGUCCCUGCUGUUCCUGAAGUAGAUCCUGCUAUUGGAUUGCUACUCCCUCCUCUGUAUACACCAAGUCAUAUUGCAGUAAUUUGUGACCACAAUUAUACAGUGGAAGAUACUGUUCAUCAGAGGAGAAGGAUACAGCAGCUCGAAGAACAAGUUGACAAACUCAGAAAAAAGCUCAAGAUCGCUAACCAGAAAUGUCGGAGGCAGGAGCGGAGUCUGGAAAAACUAGAGAAAGAGGUUUCUGAAUAUAGGGAAGCCAAGGGAUCUGGCUACGUUAUCUUUCCUGGUAAUUAUUAUGAAGUCUUAAAUGAAAAUGAAUACAAAGAACUGACUCCAGAAAUAACAUAUAAGGAAAUCAUUCUGUAACUUUACUACCAAUACUACAAUAUAGUGAUUUUUUUUUUUACUAUAAUUGCUUUGCUAAAAAUGUUCCUGUUUAUUUUAAUACAACAUGCUUAUAACAACUCAAGUUUUCUAUUAACUGCAUCUUUACUGUCAAAGUUUUCAAAUCUAGCCCAAAUGACACUUUGAGUAUGAAAUAUUAAAAGCAAAAUCUCUUUUUAUCAGUAAAAUAGAGCAAAUUAUUUUCAGUUGCUAGAGUUUGUUUUCGUAUUUUUAAAUCUGACGUUAAUCUGUUGGAUAUAAUUUCAUGCUGCUGUUGUGAUCAUCACACCAGAAUAUAUGUAUAUACUAUUAAAUGUUCAGUUUAACCUUCAGUUUUUGUAAGUUUGGUAUUAACAUGAUUUCUGUAAGACAAAGCAAUUGCUAUUAUAUGUCUUUGGAAUUGAUUUGCCAUUAAGGCCUCCAACAGCAUUUUUGCAUGCCUUUUCUUUAGCCAGUUAAUAACUUUAAAAAAAAUAAAUCCGAUACAAACAG